GGAUUAGGUUUCAGGUCAACUGGCAUAUAAGACAGUGCCAGGCCAGAGGCAGCAGACACAACUGUGAAGGAUCUAUGGCAAGGAAGGGCCAUAGAUCUUUGCGCUGCCCCUGAGGUGGACCCUAAGGAGCCAUAGAUCUUUGUGUCGCCCCUGAGAUGGACCCUAAGGAGCCAUAGAUCUUUGCUGCAUGCCCUGGCUGGACUCCCAGCCUCCUCCCCACACUGAAGUAGCCUCUCUCCUUGGACUUUGCUGGGCCUGAAGGCCUGGCCAAUCUUUCCGGGACCAUGGUUGGACUGAAGCCUUCAGAAGUCCCUCCCACCACAGCCGUAAAGUUCCUGGGAGCGGGCACUGCAGCGUGUGUGGCUGACCUCUUCACAUUUCCUCUGGACACAGCCAAGGUCCGCUUGCAGAUCCAAGGAGAGAACCUAGCAGCCCAGCGAGUGCAGUACCGCGGCGUGCUGGGCACCAUCCUGACCAUGGUGCGCACUGAGGGCCUCCGCAGCCCCUACAAUGGGCUGGUGGCUGGGCUGCACCGCCAGAUGAGCUUCGCUUCCAUCCGCAUCGGCCUCUAUGACUCUGUCAAGCAGUUCUACACCCCCACGGGAGCAGACCACGCCAGCAUCGCCAUCCGGAUUCUUGCAGGCUGCACCACGGGGGCCAUGGCAGUAACAUGUGCCCAGCCCACGGAUGUGGUGAAGGUCCGAUUUCAGGCCAGCACACGCCUAGGGCCAGAAAGCGACAGGAAAUACAGUGGGACUAUGGACGCCUACAGAACCAUCGCCAAGGAGGAGGGAAUCAGGGGUCUGUGGAAAGGAACUUUGCCCAACAUCACAAGGAAUGCCAUCGUCAACUGUGCUGAGAUGGUGACCUAUGACAUCAUCAAGGAGAAGCUGCUUGACUCCUGCCUACUAACCGACAACUUCCCCUGCCACUUUGUCUCUGCCUUUGGAGCCGGUUUUUGUGCUACAGUGGUGGCCUCCCCAGUGGAUGUGGUAAAGACUCGGUAUAUGAACUCACCCCCAGGCCAGUACCGCAACCCCCUGCACUGUAUGCUGAAGAUGGUGGCCCAGGAAGGGCCCACAGCCUUCUACAAGGGGUUUACCCCCUCCUUUCUGCGACUGGGAAGCUGGAAUGUGAUGAUGUUUGUAACCUAUGAGCAGCUGCAACGGGCCUUGAUGAAAGCCCAGACGUUGUGGGAAUCUCCGUUUUGAACAAGACGAGAAGACCACAUGGUAAUUACCUUACUAAGGCCAGCUGAGGCUGAGAUACACAGUGGAUCCACUCCUGCACAGACACAUGUUUACAGAAAUGCGUGAUUAUUACUGAUUCAAAAAUAGAACCAGAAGAACAUUCUGGUCUGCAGUGCUUUGUCUUAAGAAUACUUUGUUUUGCACUGACAUGAUGGGAAAUAAAUUAUAUUAAUUUGUGAAAUGCAUUGGGAUGGGUGCCUAACAUUUAGGCAAGAGAAAAUAAACCAAAACAGAUCUAUUUGAAUAAAAAGGAAGUUUGCAAGAUCAUCUUCCCUGAAAGUCAUGUGAAACAAUCACGAAAGGCUACUUUGUGGGACAGAGUUCAGUUGGAAACCAACUAAGUGCUUGGAGGAGCAUCACGGAUACAAGAGCCGGGGCUGCAGCCGUCCCAGCAGCUGCCUGUUGGUAACAAGCCAGCCACUGGGAUUCUAGGAAUAUAAGGAACAAAACAGAAAAUCUGGAGCCUGUGCCAAAGGAACCCUGCUGGUCCAUUCCAGGCUGAGGCUUGCAAAUGCUCCCUGAGGACACUGGAGGGUCAAGGGGCGGCCUCAGUCCCCUAUCUUGUAAAAUGGGUACUAAUCGCUUCCCUGCCUGCCUCACUAGCGUGUCAGGAGGAUCAAGUGAAAAGCUGGCCAUGAAAUCACUUUAUGAAAGAAAAACUGUGGACAUAUAUUAGUGUGAAGACUAUGCCUGGGAAAGGAUUGUGUCAGGGCAGAGAACUGGGAGGGAGGAAGUUUUGGAAAGAUGCAGUGGCCGGGUGGUAACUGUGGUGACAGUGACAGUGACAGUGGAUGCUGUGGUGCUCCCUGGGUGCACUGUGGGGCACCUUGAAGGAUGGAGGCUUGAAGCAAAAAAGGCGCUGCCUGGUGACAGCCUAAAUAGCAGGACUCAGAAUCUUUGGGAAAUUACUGUGAAUGAAUAAAGGAAUGCUCCCCUGAAGUGUGGGAAUAAAAACAGCCACUCUUCUGCCUUCUCUUGCAGGGGAAGAAUUUUCUCUACUCCCUACAGAGUUCCUAUCUGUCAGGAUUGGGCCUGCGCUGGUCCCAGCAGCCUACACUGAUUGAGUUACCGAUUGAUUGAUUUUCAAAUCCAUUUUUUAUUUCUUUUUUUUAUUUUACAAUAAGCAAUUAUUUUAUUUCCUUGGCCUGACAAGAUUGACUUCAUUAUACAAGACCCUAAAGCUGACAGGACACACAGAUUUCUGCUGUACACUAGCAAAAAGAGCUUCAUUAUGUUUAUAUAUGACCAAAGUACUUGUAGGGCCUCCGUGCUGUUCUGUAUGUGUUUUUUUCCCCACUCUGGGUGACCUAAUUAAUAUGUUAACCAAUGCUCCCCUCUAUAAAGAAUUGUAAAUCCCUGGAAACCUAAACUAAUUGAUAUGUUAACCAUUGUUGCCCUCUACAAAUAACAGAUGUGGUGCUAAAAUAAGCUGACAGAACAGAUUUCCUGAUCCACGCCCAUAACUCCUUUACUUCAUAAACUGUGAUAUCUACAAAAGGGCUAGAAAAGUUUCAAAGCGACACACAGCUUUUGCAAACUCCAACUGCACUGUGUCACUGGGCCCAGGAUAAAAUAAAUCAGCGCUGCUUUUUUUUUCUCUUUUUUAAGUUUUAUUUAAGGAGAAAAAAAAAGCAGAGAAAGGGUACAAGUUAUACAGAUUUACAGAAAAAAAUAAACUGUAGGAAAUCACUCGUUAUUGGAUUACAUAUUGUCAUCUUAGAAAUAAUUGUUCAAGUCACAAAAUUAAAGCUUGUAAAGUGGAAAUUCCAACAGUGAGACUGCAAACAGUUCUGUUCAAUGAUCCAAUAAAACUCAGUGAUAUCAUUUUCUAUCUUAUACACUUAAAUAUACAUGCAGUUAUAUCGUUUA